CCGCGGGCUCCUGGCACGCCGCCUCCGCCAGCGCCCCGGCCACGUAGGGCCCGCGGGGCGGACACGCGGGGACCCGGGCCACGCGCCGCCGCCCACGCGCGCCCUUCGGGGCCGCGACGCCCCUUUGUCCGGGGGGGCCGUUCAUGCCGCCGACCCCCGCGCGCUGCGGGCUGGGCCACGCCGAGCAGCGCUGUCCCUAGGCCUGAGGAGCCCACCCCGGCCCCUGGCUCCCCAGUUGCUGCUGGAGAAUGAACCAGCCACAGAGGAUGGCGCCCGUGGGCACGGACAAGGAGCUCAGUGACCUCCUGGACUUCAGCAUGAUGUUCCCCCUGCCGGUGGCCAAUGGGAAGAGCCGGCCCACCUCCCUGGCGGGGGCCCAGUUCGGAAGCUCAGGUCUCGAGGACCGGCCCAGUUCGGGCUCGUGGGGCGCCGGCGAGCAGAACAGUUCCUCCUUCGACCCCAGCCGGACCUACGGUGACGGCGCCCACUUCAGUGAGUCCCACGGCACCCUCGCUUCGUCCACAUUCCUGGGACCCGGGCUCGGAGGCAAGGGCAGCGAGCGGGGCGCAUACACCCCCUUCGGGAGAGACGCGGGGGUCGGCAGCCUGACUCAGGCCAGCUUCCUGCCCAGUGAGCUGGCCCUCAGCAGCCCGGGGCCGCUGUCCCCCUCGGGCGUCAAAGGCGGGCCCCACUAUUACUCCUACUCCAGUCACCCUCGGCGGAGAGCGGCGGAUGGCGGCCUGGACACGCAGCCCAAGAAAGUCCGGAAGGUGCCACCGGGUCUCCCAUCCUCGGUGUACCCACCCGGCUCAGGUGAUGACUACAGCAGGGACACGGCCACCUACCCGCCCACCAAGAUGCCCAGCGGCACCUACCCCGCCUCCUUCUACGUGGCAGACGGCAGCCUGCACCCCUCGGCUGAGCUCUGGAGCCCCCCAGGCCAGGUGGGCUUCGGGCCCAUGCUGGGCGGGGGCUCAUCCCCCCUGCCCCUCCCAGCAGGUGGCGGCAGCUCCGUGGGCGGCAGUGGCAGCGGUGGGUUUGGCGGCCUGCACCAGCACGAGCGCAUGGGCUACCAGCUGCACGGAGCAGAGGUGAACGGCGGGCUCCCGGCUGUGUCCACCUUUUCCUCGGCCCCCACGGGCGCCUACAGCAGCGUCUCCAGCCACACGCCCCCUGUCAGCGGGGCUGACAGCCUCCUGGGCUCCCGUGGAACCACGGCCGGCAGCUCUGGGGACGCCCUUGGGAAGGCGCUGGCCUCGAUCUACUCCCCAGACCAGUCAAGCAAUAACUUCUCAUCCAGCCCCUCCACCCCCGUGGGUUCCCCACAGGGCCUGGCAGGGACGUCACAGUGGCCUCGAGCAGGAGCCCCCGGUGCCUUAUCGCCCAGCUAUGAUGGGGGUCUCCACGGCCUGCAGAGCAAGAUGGAGGACCACCUGGACGAGGCCAUCCACGUUCUCCGCAGCCAUGCCGUGGGCACAGCGGGGGACGCGCACGGGCUGCUGCCCGGCCACGGGGCGCUGGCCUCGGGCUUUGCUGGCGCUGUCGUGCCAUUGGGAGGGCGGCACGCUGGCCUGGUGGGCGGCAGCCACUCGGAGGACGGCCUCUCCAGUAGCGGCGGCCUCGUGCACAACCACGUGGCCCUCCCCGACCUCUCCCGGCCACCUGACUCCUACAGCGAUCUUGGGCGCGGCGCCGCCCCGGGGCCCGGUGACAUCAAGCGGGAGGAGCAGGAGGACGAAGAGAACGUGGCGGCCGACACCGCUGAGGACGAGAAGAAGGACCUCAAGGCCCCGCGCGCCCGGACCAGCCCGGACGAGGACGAGGACGACCUUCUCCCCCCAGAGCAGAAGGCUGAGCGGGAGAAGGAGCGCCGGGUGGCCAAUAACGCGCGGGAGCGGCUGCGGGUCCGAGACAUCAAUGAGGCUUUUAAGGAGCUGGGGCGCAUGUGCCAGCUGCACCUCAACAGUGAGAAGCCCCAGACCAAACUGCUCAUCCUGCACCAGGCCGUGUCGGUCAUCCUGAACCUGGAGCAGCAGGUGCGAGAGCGUAACCUGAACCCCAAAGCGGCCUGCUUGAAGCGGCGAGAAGAGGAGAAGGUGUCGGGCGCGGUCGGAGACGCUCAUCAGAUGGUGCUGCCGGCCGCGCACCCCGGCCUGGGCGACGCCCACAACCCCGCCGGGCACAUGUAA